AUGUCUGCUCUACCAGACCAAGAAGACGGAUUGGUGGGCUCUGACAUACUCGAUAUUGUUUCUGAUGGCGACACGAUCAUGAAAGUCAGCUCCGGUGCAAAUCACCAAGUGCUCCGGGUUUCAAGUCAGGCUCUCAAGACAACCUCUUCAUAUUUUGCCGCCCUCCUUAGCGAGCGAUGGACACCUUCAUCACAAAAGAAGUUUACAGUGAGUGAUCCUCUGGUCGUUCAAGAACAAUAUGACACGCCCUACUUCCUAUUCAUGAUCAUGAUCCAUCAGCUGAAUUUUAGGAAAGGCGAGACCAUUGCAGCAAUCAAGUUGGAACAUCUCAGAGAUCUGGCAAUUCUUGUCGACAAAUACAUGUUCAUCGGACCGAUCCCAGCUUCCAUCAAAGAUUCACUGGCGCAAUAUUUUUCCACAAGCCCGCAGGCGGACUACAGAGAAAUCUCGGCGUCACCCGAGAUCUUGUUCAUAUCAUAUUUUCUUAAUCUGCCCGAUAUGUUCGCCAAAGCGUCGCAUCAGAUGAUGUGGUUCUUCAGCAAGGCAAAUAUGCAUAAACACGCAUCUUCGGCGCUUGUGCCACUCCUGCCGUUGGACAUCUUUGAACAGUUUGAGCAAGAGGGUAAGCGCUUGAGGUCAUAUCUUCUUCACGAACUUCCACCAGUUUUCUACCCUGACCCUCAUGGUGGUGACAGCAGUGAUGACGAGGUCGACAAGUUUUGGUGUCAGAAGUGUGCGGCCUUCCCUCACAAGGAACGCUGGCUCAUGGAGAUUGUCCGCAAGAAUGGGCUGUGGAAAUGGGAGGAAGCCAACGGUGUGACGUUCAGUCUUCGCGAGAUAUUCUCAAGCUAUAUUACCGAUAUGCAACAACUCGACUAUUGUGCACAUCGCGACCCCGAUAGCUCUGAGUUGGCUUGUGGCAAAUUCAAGGUGCGUUAUGUCGACGUGAACAGAGAGGAGAUGAUACAUGACGUGUACAAUGCGAUUGGCGGCGUCUGCAUUCACUGCUUCAGAGGUGGCCAAUUCCGAUACACGGCGUGCUGCCCGGGGCACGGACUUGCGCUUGCUUGA